AUGAUCCCUUCAAUCUCUCCCAAAUUCGCUCUCCAGUCCGGCGUCGACGAGAUGGCCGAGAAGAAGUUUGAGCAGCCCGCCGGUCUCAAGUACGGCCCUGGCUCUACUGCCUCCAGCAGCGACCACCGCGUGAUCCCCGAGGAUGAGGGUGGCACUCGUGAUGAUCGCAACCCGUUCAAGGGCACCGGUAGCCCCGAAGACGACGUCAAGAGUCAGGCAGAGAACCGAGAUGGUGAUCAAGAAAUCCCCAACCUGCGGGAUCUGAAGCGCCACGGAGUUGGCCAGUAA